GACUCAGGUCCCUACAAUUGCUGUUCACUGUGUGGCUGGACUGGGCCGUGCACCCAUCUUGGUUGCUAUUGCCAUGAUUGAGCUCGGUAUGGCGAACUUGGACACCGUCGAGUUUAUUCGUCGCAGACGCCGUGGAUGUUUCAACAGCCUUCAGAUUCAGUACAUUGAUGGAUAUAAGCGGGGCAAGAUCUUGAAACAUGCACUAGGCAGUGGAUCUGGUCAAUUGUCAGGAUCGUCUCCUUUGGCACACGGGGCAAGCGGAUCAGGAUCAUCAGGCGGGGUUGGAGGUGUUGCAGGAAGCGUCAAGAAUGGAUUGAACAAGAUGUUCCGUCUCAAAGCAUGACUCUGCGUGGUUAAUGUCUUGGCGGAAAUGUUUGCAGAUGCACAGAAAGAGAAGAAAGUAAUGGCAAUGACAAAAAAUAGGAGAAGUGGCAGUACUAUGAAUUUUCAACAACAAAGACAAAAACAACAGCAGAGAUAUUCUAAGAAAAGCAUGAACAUUAGGACUACAUUGAUGAGGGUCCGGAAGAUGAAAAGAUGUGAAUUUGUGAAUGGCUUGAUGAUGGUAAUGAUAGUACAAGCUGAAGGUCCUGAACGCAUGACCGAUUGUUGGAAAAAGAAAGAGAUGUACCUUUUGACUGUUGAAGAUAAUGUAGCAGGAACGAUAUCAUUGAGACCCAAUCGACUGUCGUCGUCAACCACUACAAUCCUAAAUCGACAAAGGCGAGACUCUGGUUUCAAUUUUGACGCACCAUUUAUUCGGGCACCAGGUCGACGGCGACAUAAGUAUUACAAGCACCACUACAAAUCGUAUGAACGAUAUGAGAAUUCUCAAGAAAAUUAUCAUACUGCCAUCAUCACGACCAUCAUCAACAGCCCAGAAAAAGAGCAGCGACAAUUCAUAGAACAUGGUCGUGGACUGGAUGUGUUUUUGUUGAAACACGCAGAUCAUGGUUGCGGUAGUUGUGAUGAUGUUGUUGUCGACCAAUAAAAAUAAAAAAUAAAAAUGGCAAGCUUGCUCAUUCACCUUGACCUUUGCAAGCUCAUGCCUAUUGUUCUGAAGAUGGACUAGUUUUGGGAUCGAGAGCCCACUAGAGU